ACUAAAUUCGAAUUUGUUUGAAGCGCAACGUUCAUUCAACGUUUUUUUGAUGUUGUGGCUUUGUAUAUUGAAUUGUAAUUAUUUUGUGUAAUUACCAGAAUAAAACAGUGUAUUAAUAGUAAUAGGCUAUUUUUUGUUAGUGUUUUAUGUGUAUUGUGUCAAGAUGGCUGAAAAAGGAAACAGGAAAGAAAAGAAUCAAAACAUCCAAGUUUUCGUUAGAUUGAGGCCACUGAACCAGCGAGAGCGGGACAUAAAGUCACUGGGGGUGGUGGAAGUCGCCAACAACCGGGAGGUGGUUGUACGGCAGUCCCAACAGACUUCGCUCACCAAGAAGUUCACAUUCGACAGGGCUUUCGGGCCUCACACUAAACAGGUGGAGGUAUACCAAGAGGUGGUAUCCCCGCUGAUAGAAGAAGUUCUGGCCGGCUACAACUGCACAGUGUUUGCUUAUGGACAGACCGGCACGGGCAAGACGCACACCAUGGUGGGCGAGAACACUAGUGAAGACACCACUUGGCAAAAUGAUCCCCUCGCGGGCAUCAUCCCCCGAGCCCUGAGCCAGCUGUUCGACGAGCUGCGGAUCUCCAACACGGAGUACACCGUGCGGGUCUCGUACCUGGAGCUGUACAACGAGGAGCUGUUCGAUCUGCUCGCCACUUCCGAGGACAACUCCAAGCUGAGGAUCUAUGAGGAUGUCACGAGGAAGGGCUCCAAUAUCGUCAAUGGAUUGGAGGAGAUUACGGUCUAUAACAAAAACGAGGUUUACAAGAUCAUGGCACAGGGACAGGAGAGGAAAAGAGUAGCUUCCACAUUAAUGAAUGCCCAGUCCAGCCGCUCGCACACAGUGUUCACGAUCGUGGUGCACAUGAAGGAGAACAGCCCCGAGGGCGAGGAGCUGGUGAAGAUCGGCAAGCUGAACCUCGUGGACCUCGCGGGCUCCGAGAACAUCAGCAAGGCAGGCUCUGACAACCCCGCCAAGCGCGAGCGCGCGCGCGAGUGCGUCAACAUCAACCAGAGCCUGCUGACGCUGGGCCGCGUCAUCACCGCGCUCGUGGAGAGGCAUCCGCACAUACCUUACAGGGAAUCAAAACUGACCCGCAUCCUCCAAGAGUCACUUGGCGGCAAGACCAAGACCUCUAUAAUCGCCACCAUCUCCCCCGGACACAAGGACCUGGAGGAGACCAUGAGCACGUUGGAAUACGCGCACAGAGCCAAGAACAUACAGAACCGACCGGAGGUCAACCAGAAGAUGACGAAGAAAGCUAUCCUGAAGGAAUACGCGGAGGAGAUCGACCGGUUAAAGAGGGACCUGCAAGCCGCCAGGGACAAGAGUGGGGUGUACUUGGCCAACGAGACUUACGCCGAAAUGACACUGAAACAAGAGGAACAGCGCAAGGAAAUCCAGGAGCUACUGCUAAAGAAGAAAGCAAUGGAAGACGAGAGAGACCGCAUGCUGACUGUGUUCGAGGAGCUGCAGAAGAAAAUAGAAGAGAGGGAGACUCAGCUCAAUGCCGCCAAGAAUAAGCUGGAUGACACACAGGCCAAGCUGGUCAAUACCAGCAAUAUCCUGCGCACGACGAAGCUCCACUUCGAGGAGCAGAAGCACCUGGUGUCCAAGCAGGUGGAGACGGAGCUGAAGCUGUCCGCGCAAGCGCGCCAGCUGCUGCACGCGGCCGACGUGGCCUCCUCGCAUGUGGCCUGUCUGCACGACACCGUCGACAGGCGGAAAACAGUAGAAUCAACAAACUUGGAGUUGACGCGACUAUUCCGCAGUCAAUCGACCAAACAGCGCUCCAACCUGGCAGCGAGGGUUAACGAGAUAUCGCACACAUUGAUAAACACACUCGACGGCCUUCUAACGUCUUGUGAUAAUUAUACGUCUAACACCGCUGGCAUUCAAGAAGAAAACAGAAUUAGGAUUGAGGAGCUCGUGCAGAAAAUUAACGACGCGAUGGUUGAGAUAAAGGCGGUGACGGCGACGGCGGUGACGCAGCUGCAGCAGUCGCACGACGAACAUACGGCGGCGCUGCGCGCGGCGCUGGACGCGCGAGCGCGGGACGUGGAGCGCGCGCUGACGACGCUGCUGCAGGCCGUGGCGCGCCGGCGACAGCGCGCGGGUCUGCUGCGCCGGGCGGCGCCCUGCGCUGCGCUCGUGCACGUCUGGUACACGGACGCGUCGACGCGCAUGCAGUCGCUCAACCAGUCGUACGUGUCGUUUGUGUCGGCCGCGCGCCACAACCACGCGACGCUGCGCGACGCCGCGCUGCGUCACCGCCACGCCCGCGCGCUGCGCUCCGCCGCUAGGACCGACAGCACCGCUGCUACCAUUGAGGAAAUCGAAGAGAUGAAGGCCUCCAUAGAGAGUCGCCUGGAGCGACAGCUGCUGGACAUUGAGACAGAGCGACAACACUCGCAGAAGUUGCUGCACGAACGAAUGCAGCACGAGGCUCAUGUGCUGCAGGAACAUAGGAAAGAGAUAGAGAUACAGAGGAAGAUAUUGGAUGAGCAGGAGAAGAGAUUGGCCGUUCGGGAGGAACGACUGGCCAGACAGUAUGAAGACGAUAAACAGGCUCUAGAGGACAGAAUAUCUAAAAUGACGCAAGACAUCGAAGCGGAGAAGAAAUCUGUAGAAGAGCUGACCGCUCAAAUACUAGCGAACCAGAGACAACAACUGGAGGAAGACAAGCGUGACAUUGACAGCGCCGAGGCGGACAUGGAGGAGGUCAAUGUUGGCACGGAGGCCUUGAGCAAGUGUUUGGAUAAGUUUAGCAAGGAAUUUGAGGAAGGCACCAGCGCCGUCAACAUCGACAUGGAGGCGUUCAGCAAGAAAGUGGUGGAGGUGGCCGACCAAGUCAGCGAACAACUCAUGGACGCCAUCACCGAGACUCAUGAACAGAUCCAGACGGACACGCGCGCAGCAUUAGACCGUGAGCAGUCGUCGCGUGACGCGCUGUGUGCGGAGAGCGCGCGCGCGCUCGCGCUCGCGCUGCAGCGCGCGCAGCUCGCGCUCGCCGGCGCGCAGCAGCGGCUCGAGCAACACAACAUCACAACUAUACAAGAGCUGACACAUCUAGCAUCGUCCGCCAACGAAUUAGGGUCCCAAGCUCGUAACCAACUCGCCAGCCAAUCGGACGCCGUGGCGGCUGGCAAGAAACACCUGGAGACGUUACAGGACGAGAUGAAAGACAGCUUGGAGAGACACGCGGAGUUGGAAGAAACUUAUUUAUCCAGGGAAUACAAGGUUUACAAUCCUACUGGCAGCACGCCGGCGCGCAGCGAGUACGCGCUGCCGCGCGCGCUGGCCAGCACGUCGCCGCACGCGCGCAUCCUCGCGCGCUAUCGCGCACUCGCGCGUCCGCGUCCGUGUGCGCUCGACAACUCGCCGGACGACGACUGCGUAGUGAUAGAAUCUGAGAACAACACCGCGACGAGCGACGCGGACUCCUCGACGUCGGAGGACUCGGCGGUGUUCGCGGCGCCGUCCCCGCCCGAGCUCACGCGGGCGGACUCGCGGGCUCACAUCGUCAAGUCCACCAGCGAAACUGACAUAUACAGCAUACGGAGGAAUCAAGACCAAAACGGCAAAGAGAACGUGAACCGUUCCUUUGCAUACAAGAAACCAUCGAAGUUGCCCGCGCCUUCCUCGCACAAGAAACCGCUCGUAGAACGGAACGCAGUCAACUGAUACCGUUCAAUUUAGCUUACAGAUUGACAAGGAAUUUUGCCAACAUAUUUGCUAACAAAAUGUCAUUUCAAACUUUGAAAGUUGUGAAUUUUGAUCGCUGGGUCAGUUUUCCUUGUCAUUCUGUGUUUGUAUCCACAGAUUAAGGUAUAUUAUGGACGGUUUUUUUAUGUGUUUUUAUUUUUAAGUAGCAGAUUUCAGAAAUACGUAACUAAAAAUCGACCGCAAGGUUACCAUACCCGUGGAACGUCAUAUGCCGGCUACACACUAUCGCCGAACUCGGACAGAUGAUGACGCGAAUCAACAUUGCGUGGUAUGUGCGAGUGCUUUUAUUUAACGCAAAGAAAAACCAGCAAUGUAUGCAGCAUCCGCCAAAGUCGGUGAACGGUCUGCGAUAAUGUUGAGCCGGCAUUAGUUUAUCGACGCGCGGCUCCGAUAUGAUUCCGCCAUUUAAAAAAUUAUAAUUAUCUGUUUUUGAAGCAUUCAAUGUUGGUAGAGGGCGUCGCUGCUAGUGCAAUAUUUAACUAGUAAAUCACAUUUGAAAAUAACUAACCGUAGACAGAAAACUAAAACAUCGUCAUGUGUUCCAAUUCGAGAUACGAGGCAACGCUAAUAUCUUGUGUCCCUCAUCGUGUUCCGGUAUUUGCAGGCAGCCGUCUAUAUAAUAGUUGAUGUAGCCACAUUAAUUACUAGUCUACAGUUUUCAUUAUCUUUGAAAGGUUCUUCCAAUUUUGGUCGUGGGUUUACAACGCAUUCUGUAUGUAAAACUAUCAGAAUGUAAAAAAAUCUCUUGACAUGAUGCAUUUACAUACGUCUAGUCGAAGCCGCGUGUCGAACUAUCGUGUACAUCUAGUGAUACAUAAAUAUUAUGUAGGAUUGUCCUUUAUAAGGCUAUAGGUAUGUUCAGAGGGGUUAGUGCGGUUAGCAUUUCACUUCUCGCCAUCGAAUCGAUUCGAAGUGAGACGCAGCGACCCAAUGACAUUGCAGUGUGGUUGUCGUUGCGUCACAAUGGCGCAAUGUGAUUGGUUCGCUGUGUCUUAUUUCGAAUCGAUUCGAUGGUGAGAAGUGAAGUGCUAAACCGCACUUCGCCCACUGAAGGGGUAUUAGUGAAUCCGAGAAUAACGAUCAAUUUACACCUGCACAAAGAAUAACUCUUCAUAAGACUUGAAACAGUCUUAUGUUUCUAUAUUUCUUAAUAUAGUGUAUUACAAUCACUAUGUCCAAAGUUAGGAUCUAUAAAAAAUAAAAAUUGAAUGUUUUGCGCGGACGUUUUUUUUUUUACACUUCUGUUUUGCUAUAUGUCGCUCUAGUACUAUUUUGCCUGUUAGUUUACUAAUAAAUCUUAUAAAAACACGAACCAAACAUAGAAAAUGACGGUGUUUAAACUUGUGCGCAGCUACAAUGAAAGGUGCACAGAUAUCACGUAAUAGGGCAUUGCUUAUUUCGUGUUCCGUUUGGGAAGGAGCGGAGCUUAUGGUUGAACCGCUUACCUCACUCGUCUGCCUCAGCCCCGGGUAUCUUUACACAACUUUUGUUAGAGACAUGGCAAUAAGGAGUCCCCUCUUUGUUUUUGCUUCGUGACUAAGAACAUAACUACGACAUCAGACACAAAUAAAUUCUCGUUUGGACAUUACAAAACAUUAUAAUUUAUUUCAUAACAUCUAGAAAACAAUAUGACGCAAGGUCGGUGCUGAUUUUAUUUCGAGAUUUAAAAAGAUAUGUAUUUAAAAAUAAGGAUCUGCGCGUACGCAUAUAUUUCAACAAGUUUUUGACAAAAAUAAAACGAAAUGUAAUAAUUAGGACCCCUAUUCUAUAAGAGAUAGGCUGAUUAAAUUUAUAUUUUUAAGUUCUUUUAGACUCUUUAGGGUUUCUGCAAAAGCAAUACUUUUGUUUUAGCUUUAUUAUAGAAUUAUACAGAUGUAUUUGCUAAGAUUACGUUUUUCCUAUGUUUGUACUAUUCGACUAUAAUUGGAUAUUAUUAUUGUGUGUUUGUGUAUGUUUUCGAGAUGUCUGGAUUCAGUUAAACUUAACAUAUAUUUGGGUUAGUAAUUAAAUAUGUUUAUACUUA